UCUCGUGUUUAUCUAAUGGUAAUUGAUAAUCACCAGAAGACGAUGUCUGAUGUUGCGAUGAGAUCGCUGAUUAGGGUUUACGCCAAUUAUUAUUACAUGAAUGCGAAUCUGAAUCCGAGGUUUCCUCCGCCGUUAGUGUCGAAAGAAGAUUGGCGGUUUUCGCAACGGCGGAUGAAUGGUGAAGGAAGGAGGUUGAAUGGUGAAGGAGGUGAGAAUGUGAAUGGAGAAAGAUCUGUUUUUUCUAUGCAGGCUGGAGGGGUUAAUGGGAAGAUGGAUGGUGCUGAAUGGGGCGGCGACGAUGGCUUGAUUGGUUUGCCGGCGCUAGGGCUUGGAAGUAGGCAGAGGAGCAUUGCUGAUAUAUUUCCGGUGAGGGAUUAUGCAAUUUUUUAAUACUGUUUGUAUUUGGAUUUUUGUUGUUUUUGUUGUUAUGUUGGUGUGAGAUUGAGACCUUUUAGCUAAAGUUAUUAUUGGAUUUGUCGCAAGG